AUGAAAUCAACUAUUUCUAGUAUCUCUAGUAUAUCAAAUAAUUGCAGAGCUAUUUGCAAAUCUGAAUAAUCUAUCACUCCUCUAAAAGUACCUUAUAAGUAUAAUUAAAUAUUUACUUUUUAGAGGUGGUUCUCAAUUAAAUUGUCUAUCCAAAAAAUCCUAUAAUUAUGGGAAUUUAAUAGAAUCUGUUUUAAUUGAGUAUAAAUAAUUAUGCUCAUGGAUUAUUAGUGAAAUCACUUAAUAAUUAGAUUAAAAUCAAAUAAUAUCCAAAAUAAACACAUAAUUGUAAUAAUUUGACAGAUUUCUUUCUAAAAAAUUGGAUAGCUACACACAAGAAUUAUCAAUUCUAAAAAUGAUUCAUUCAGAAAAUUAAAUCACUAUCAAUUAAUUAAAUAUUACAAAAGAAGAUCUCAAAGUAAAAUUAAAAUAAGUCUCAAAUAAUUUUAGUGAUUAGUUUUCUACAUAUACACCACUUAAAAAUAAAUAAAAUUAUUCUAUCGAAUUAAUAACCAAAUAACCAUUAAGAAAUAUUAGUUAUUCAUUAUAGGAAUCUAAUCAUGAUAAAGAAAACAUAGAUAUCUAUUUAACAAAGAAAGUUUCCCUUAAACCAAAAUUUAAAAUUUGA